GCGGGGGCGGAGCGGCGGGCGGGGCGGAAGGCGAGAAGGUGGGGGGUGCGGCGGCAGCGGAUAGCCAUCUUAAGUGGCCGCUGAGAGUGCAGGGCCGCUUCCCCGGGGAAGGGGACGUCGCAGUAGCCCAGGAGUUGAGGCCGGCGCUGCUGGCGGCGGCGGCUGCGCGACGAACCGGCCGGCCUGCGCGGCCGAACGCGGAGCCCCGAUCCCCAGCUUGGUCCGACCGUCGAUCCUUAGGCUGGGAACCCCGGCCCGGCCCCCAGCCUCAGCCCCGAGAGUCUCGGAGAGGAUGGCACCGGGCGGUGGGCGCGGGCGGCGCUGAGCCUUGCAUUGGCCAUGGCCUCGGCGUGCGGGGCGCCGGCCCCGGGGGGCCCGGGCCCGGGGGGUGCUCUGGGCAGCCCGGCCCCCGCCUGGUACCACCGCGACCUGAGCCGCGCUGCCGCGGAGGAGCUGCUGGCCCGGGCAGGCCGCGAUGGCAGCUUCCUGGUCCGAGACAGCGAGAGCGUGGCGGGAGCCUUCGCGCUUUGCGUCCUGUAUCAGAAGCAUGUGCACACAUACCGCAUUCUACCUGAUGGAGAAGACUUCCUAGCUGUGCAGACUUCACAGGGCGUGCCUGUGCGCCGCUUCCAGACCCUGGGUGAGCUCAUCGGCCUGUAUGUCCAGCCCAACCAGGGCCUCGUGUGCGCCCUGCUGCUGCCGGUAGAACGGGAGCGAGAGCCUGACCCACCUGAUGACCGCGAUGCCUCAGAUGGGGAGGAUGAGAAGCCCCCGCUGCCCCCGCGCUCUGGCUCCACCAGUAUUUCUGCCCCUGUGGGGCCCAGCAGCCCCCCACCAGCCCCUGAGACCCCCACAACUCCAGCUGCUGAGAGUGCGCCCAAUGGGCUGAGCACUGUCUCGCACGAGUACCUGAAGGGUAGCUACGGGCUGGACCUGGAGGCUGUGCGGGGCGGAGCCAGCAACCUGCCCCACCUCACCCGCACCCUCGCCACCUCAUGCCGGAGACUGCACAGUGAGGUGGACAAGGUCCUUUCGGGCCUGGAGAUCCUGUCCAAGGUGUUUGACCAGCAGAGCUCACCCAUGGUGACCCGCCUCUUGCAGCAGCAGAGCCCAUCACAGACUGGGGAGCAGGAACUAGAGAGCCUGGUGCUGAAACUGUCGGUGUUAAAGGACUUCCUGUCGGGCAUCCAGAAGAAGGCCCUGAAGGCCUUACAGGACAUGAGUUCCACAGCACCUCCAGCUCCGCUGCAGCCGUCCACACGGAAGGCCAAGACCAUCCCUGUGCAGGCCUUUGAGGUGAAGUUGGAUGUGACCCUGGGUGACCUGACCAAGAUUGGGAAGUCACAAAAGUUCACGCUGAGCGUGGACGUGGAGGGUGGGCGGUUGGUGCUGCUGCGGAGACAGCGGGACUCACAGGAGGACUGGACAACCUUCACGCACGACCGCAUCCGCCAGCUUAUUAAGUCCCAGCGAGUCCAGAACAAGCUGGGUGUCGUGUUUGAGAAGGAGAAGGAUCGGACACAGCGCAAGGACUUCAUCUUCGUCAGCGCCCGGAAGCGGGAAGCCUUCUGCCAGCUGCUGCAGCUCAUGAAGAACAAGCACUCCAAGCAAGAUGAGCCCGACAUGAUCUCUGUCUUCAUAGGCACCUGGAACAUGGGAAGUGUGCCACCUCCCAAAAGUGUGACAUCUUGGUUUACAUCGAAGGGUCUAGGGAAGACCCUGGAUGAGGUCACAGUGACGAUACCCCACGACAUCUAUGUCUUUGGGACCCAGGAGAACUCAGUGGGUGAUCGAGAGUGGCUGGACCUGCUACGUGGGGGCCUCAAGGAGCUCACAGACUUGGAUUACCGCCCGAUUGCCAUGCAGUCACUGUGGAACAUCAAAGUGGCUGUGCUGGUCAAGCCAGAACAUGAGAACCGCAUCAGCCACGUCAGUACAUCCAGCGUGAAGACUGGCAUCGCCAACACCCUGGGAAACAAGGGGGCUGUGGGUGUCUCCUUCAUGUUCAAUGGCACCUCAUUUGGCUUUGUGAAUUGCCACCUCACUUCGGGAAAUGAGAAGACUGCCCGGCGGAACCAGAACUACCUGGACAUCCUGCGGCUGCUCUCGCUGGGUGAUCGGCAGCUCAGUGCCUUUGACAUCUCUUUGCGUUUCACUCACCUCUUCUGGUUUGGGGACCUCAACUACCGCCUGGACAUGGAUAUCCAGGAGAUCCUGAACUACAUCAGCAGGAAGGAGUUUGAGCCCCUGCUCAGGGUGGACCAGCUCAACUUGGAGCGGGAGAAACACAAAGUCUUCCUUCGAUUCAGUGAAGAGGAGAUCUCCUUCCCGCCCACCUACCGCUAUGAGCGGGGUUCUCGGGACACGUACGCCUGGCACAAGCAGAAGCCAACUGGGGUCCGGACCAACGUGCCUUCAUGGUGUGACCGGAUUCUCUGGAAGUCCUACCCCGAGACCCACAUCAUCUGCAAUUCCUAUGGUUGCACUGACGACAUUGUCACCAGCGACCAUUCUCCCGUGUUUGGGACAUUUGAGGUUGGAGUUACUUCUCAGUUCAUCUCCAAGAAAGGGCUCUCAAAGGCUUCAGAUCAGGCCUACAUUGAGUUUGAGAGCAUUGAGGCCAUUGUGAAGACAGCCAGCCGCACCAAGUUCUUCAUUGAGUUCUACUCCACCUGCCUGGAAGAGUACAAGAAGAGCUUUGAGAAUGACGCCCAGAGCAGUGACAACAUCAACUUCCUCAAGGUGCAAUGGUCCUCACGCCAGCUGCCCACGCUCAAGCCGAUUCUCGCUGACAUUGAGUACCUGCAAGAUCAGCACCUCCUGCUCACAGUCAAGUCCAUGGAUGGCUACGAAUCCUAUGGGGAGUGUGUGGUGGCACUCAAGUCCAUGAUUGGCAGCACAGCCCAGCAGUUCCUGACCUUCCUGUCCCACCGUGGCGAGGAGACAGGCAACAUCCGUGGCUCCAUGAAGAGUGGAUCAGCGUCGAUAAGGAUGAGGCAGGCGCAAAAAGCAAAGCCCCCUCUGUGUCCCGAGGCAGCCAGGAGCCCAGGUGAGCUGGGGCUGUGUUGGGAGUCACUUUGGGUCAGCCCCUGCUUCAUCUCUUCUCCCCUCUGCACCCCUGGCAGGUCAGGGAGUCGCAAGCCAACCCCCACAGAGGCCUCUUGCCCACUGUCCAAGUUAUUUGAAGAACCAGAGAAACCACCACCAACCGGGAGGCCCCCAGCACCACCUCGAGCUGCUCCCCGGGAGGAGCCCUUGAUCCCCAGGUCGAAGCCAGAGGGGGCUCCAGAGCCAGAAGGGGUGGCAGCCCCUCCACCCAAGAACAGCUUCAAUAACCCUGCCUACUACGUCCUCGAAGGGGUCCCACACCAGCUGCUGCCCCCGGAGCCACCCUCGCCUGCCAGGGCCCCUGUCCCACCUGCUACCAAGAACAAAGUGGCCAUUACAGUGCCUGCUCCACAGCAGGGACGCCACCGGCCCCCCCGUGUGGGAGAGGGAAGUUCAUCAGAUGAGGAGUCUGGGGGCACCCUGCCCCCUCCAGACUUUCCACCCCCACCACUGCCAGACUCAGCCAUCUUCCUGCCCCCCAGCCUGGAUCCUUUGCCAGGGCCAGUGGUCCGGGGCCGCAGUGGGGGUGAGGUCCAUGGCCCACCUCCCAAGGCCCAUCCGAGGCCUCCGCUGCCCCCAGGCCCCUCACCUACCAGCACUUUCCUGGGGGAGGUGGCCAGUGGGGACGAUCGCUCCUGCUCGGUGCUGCAGAUGGCCAAGACACUGAGUGAGGUGGACUAUGGUCCUGCCGGGCCGGGCCGCCCAGUGCUCCUGCCAGGCCCCCUGGAGCUGCAGCCACCCCGAGGACUGCCCUCAGACUAUGGCCGGCCUCUCAGCUUCCCUCCACCUCGCAUCCGAGAGAGCAUCCAGGAGGACCUGGCAGAGGAGGCUCCGUGCCCGCAGGGCGGGUGGGCCAGCGGGCUGGGCGAGGCUGGCAUGGGCGCCUGGCUGCGGGCCAUCGGCUUGGAGCGCUAUGAGGAGGGCCUGGUGCACAAUGGCUGGGACGACCUGGAGUUUCUCAGCGACAUCACCGAGGAGGACCUGGAGGAGGCUGGAGUGCAGGACCCUGCUCACAAGCGCCUCCUCCUGGACACCCUGCAGCUCAGCAAGUGAUAGCGGUAGCAUUGCCAAGAUGCCAAUCCCGCGGUCCUCGCCCUCUAGGAAGGUCCAGCCAUAACCCCCGAGUUGGAAAGUUAUGAGGGGGAGGGCAAUACCUCUCUGCCUAUUUAUUGGGGAUCUCUGUUCCCCACUGCCCAAUCAUUUGGAAUGCCCUAAGGACAUCCCGCCCCUCACCUUUUAGAGCCGGGGCUCGGGAGGUCAGUUGCCGUGGUUAGGAAGGACCUUGGUUGUUCUGGUGCUGUCUUCCCUUUCUGGACCCCCCCUCUCAGGCCCAGGGGUGCCUAUAGGGGCCAUUUGGGUACGUCUGGGUCCCCAUUUUCAUCACCGUUUCUAUUCCCCCAUCCCCCAAGCCUGAAUCAUCGGGGGAGGAGGGGGCUCAGCUAGUACUGCUCCCAACCCCCACUCUGGGGGUGACCGUCCGGAAAUGAAGGAAUAGCCCGAGGACCGGGCUAGGGGUUUAUUUAAGCGUUUCUGUGUGGGUUUCGGGGGGUGGGCACUUUAAUAUUGGGGCCAGUUGAGGGUAAGGGAAAGGAUCUCGGCCAUGAAGUGCCAGUUUGCUGUU